UCACACAAGGGAAGUUUUUGUCACGGUGACAGGGAGGAUUGUCAGUUACUUUAUUUCCAGUCUGAAAAGUUAAUGAUAACCAGCCUGAAAUACUAACAGAGUACAUGAAGUCUGGACAUAUGCACUGUAAGGUCCAUGCAGUAGAGAGAAAAUGGGAACUUUGCUUCAACAGCUGACCAGUGGCAAUGUUCUGCUCCUCAUUGUUGUUUUGGGAAUUGGAGGAAACUUUCAUCUUGGCUACCAUGUAACUGGACUGAGUUCUCCCUCACCAUACAUACAGAGCUUCAUCAACAGCACCUGGUAUGACAGAUAUGAAGAGUUUCCAUCGCCACACAUGGUCACAAUGAUCUGGUCUCUUGUUGUCUCCAUGUUUUCUGUCGGGGGAGUCUUUGGUGCUUUUAGUGUCAAAUUUUUUACAAGCAGGCUGGGAAGAAAAAAGGCGAUGAUCUGCAACAACUUUAUUGCCAUUAUUGCAGCAGGGAUCAUGCUGACAAGUAAAUGGGCCAAAUCAUUUGAAAUGAUUAUUGUGGCAAGGAUCCUGUAUGGCUACUCAUCAGGGUUGGGAGCGAGCCUCCAUUUAAUGUAUCUCAUGGAGAUUUCACCCAGAAAGAUAAGAGGGAUAGUGACUCUGACUUCAGCGACUUUUGGCUCACUUGGCAAACUGUCUGCACAGUUGUUUGGAUUAAGUGAGAUUCUAGGUCGUGAAGACCAGUGGAACAUUGUCCUCUUUGUCCCUGGAUGUUUCUCAUUGGUUCCGAUAAUGGUGUUGCCUUUACUUCCUGAGUCUCCCAGAUAUCUUUUCAUAGAGAAAGGUGACGACAAGGAAUGCAAAAAAGCUCUCCAGAGUCUGUGGGGCCAAGGUGACUACAAACAGGAGAUGGAUGAGAUGUUGAUUGAGCAAGCGGCCAUCGAAGCAGCUCCACCUAAAAACCCUCUGCAGCUGCUGAGGGACAGAACUGUCCGAUGGCAGCUCAUCUCCAUGUCCGCCAUCUACUGCUGCAACCAGCUGUCAGGCAUGCCUGUGAUCAGUACCUUUUCUUUUGACAUCUUCCGUAAUGCAGGUAUUCCAAAAGAUAAUAUCCGUUACAUGACUGUUGGUCUUGGAAUAGCUGAAAUCAUCACCUCCAUCUCCAGUAGUCUUUUGAUUGAGCACAUAGGAAGGAGGCCGUUGUUCAUUGGGGGUUACGGUACCAUGUCUGUCAUCUGGGUGUUGGUCACUGUCACACUCAACCUGAAGGAUCCAAGCUACUGGGUUCCAUACAUUACUGCUGCUUUGAUCACUCUCUUCAUUAUCUCCUUUGGUGGAGGACCUGGAGCAGCUACUGGUACGCUCAACACUGAGCUCUUCAUCCAGUCUGAUCGGCCGGCAGCUUUUGUCCUCGUGAUGAUGCUGCGCUGGUCUACAGCAAUAUUACAGGGCCUAACCUUUCCGUUCCUUAUUACUGCUCUAACCACAUACAGCUUUACUCUGUUCGCCUGUGUGUGCCUGCUGGGUUCUCUUUAUGCCUUCUUCAUUCUGCCUGAGACAAAAGGAAAGACUCUGCUGGAAAUCUCAGAGGAGUUCAAAGCCAUUACUGUCUGUGGGAAAUCCUUCUUAGAGGAAAAGACAACAGAGACCAAGUUAUGAGACACAGACUGUUGUAAAUAACAUGAGAAGAAUGGUUUAAUUGAAUCUGGAGAAUGCAUAACAAAUGACAAAUCAUAUAAACAAUAAUGAACUGUAGUAUUUCAUUGACCAUCUUUGUCCAUUAACCUGUUUCAUUUGUCAUACCAUCUUAUCAGGAUUUUGUUAUUUCUGUUCCAUUUUUGCUAUUCUUAGUACAUUGUUGUUCCAUAGCAGAUUUUUCAGUUAAGACAUAUAAACUAAAUAAACAGACAAUACUAACUAGAAAACCGAAAACUUAUAUCUAGUAGUUCAAGACGCUCCAUAUUUCAAAUUGAACUGAAAGAACAGGGAACUUCUUUUAACCCCUAGAAUAACAGCUACACAUCUGUAGUGUUCACAACUGCUGUCAGUGGGUUCAUCCCAAAGAGACAAUGAUCAAGCUUUUAUGCCUUCACCUCCACCUUCUCUUUGUGGUACUUUCAAACUUGAAGUGUUUACUUUUACAUCAUAAUUUACCUUCGGGGUAGAAAAUACACUUCUUACAAAAAAUAAAUGAGAAUAAAGUUAAGUCAUAAGAAACGUAAAUUUUGUUGACCACCACCAGUAAAUCACCCACUGCUCCCUUUGGUCCCUCUGGAGUCUGCUGUCUGUUCUUGGACCACUGAAAUUAAUGUAAACCGCCCCAAAGACCUCAAAACAUCACAGAUCACCAUUCUUUCCCUCUCAUGGACUUUGACUGAAAUCACAUAGAGGUGGGCAUUUUAUGGAGUGUUCUUAAGGGACAUGUUUGCGACCUUUGGUGAGAAUGUGUCACAUUAAUGUUGAGCUUGUUUCUUUAACUCUUAGAAUAUACCAUAUCCUCAGAGUGAGACUGUGCAGCUUAACUGCAAUGACACUAAGUGACAUUAAGUUAUUUUAAUUAAAAGUAACAAACUUAAAAAAAGUGAGUUUCAAUGUAAUAGUUUAAAUAUGCAAUUAUUUUUCAGCUUUUCAUUAGUUUACUCAGGUCAGGUUUGCAAUCAGUCAUUCUAUUCUCAUGGAAGUGUUUGACCAUUAAAGAUGCUGAUACAACAAUA